AGCCUUAGCCUGGCGCGCGACCCGCUCCGCUUUGCUCGCUCCCUCCGCUAGCGCAGCUGUACGGCCAGGCCCGGAUCUGCCAUGGCGUCCCCAGCAGCGGGCGGGGUGGUGAUCGUAGGCAGCGGACUCAUUGGUCGGAGCUGGGCUAUGCUGUUUGCCAGUGGAGGCCUCAAGGUGAAACUCUAUGACAUUGAGCAACAGCAGAUAACAAAGGCCCUGGAAAACAUCAGGAAGGAGAUCAAAUCCCUGGAGCAGUCUGGUUCUCUCAAAGGCUCCUUGAGCGCAGAGCAGCAGCUGUCCCUCAUCAGUGGCUGCGGCAACCUAGCUGAAGCAGUAGAGGGCGCCAUGCACAUUCAGGAGUGUGUUCCAGAGGACCUAGAACUGAAGAAGAAGAUUUUCGCCCAGCUGGACCGCAUCGCAGAUGACCGGGUCAUCCUAAGUAGCUCCAGCUCUUGUCUGCUGCCUUCCAAGCUGUUCACGGGCUUGGUACAUGUGAAGCAGUGCAUCGUGGCGCAUCCUGUCAAUCCGCCAUAUUAUGUCCCACUGGUUGAGCUAGUCCCUCACCCAGAGACAGCUCCAGCCACAAUGGACAGAACCUAUGCCUUGAUGAAGAAGAUUGGACAGUCCCCAGUGAGAGUCCUGAAGGAGAUCGACGGCUUUGUCCUGAACCGCCUGCAGUACGCCAUCAUCAGUGAGGCCUGGAGACUGGUGGAGGAAGGAAUAGUAUCUCCUAACGACCUGGACCUGGUCAUGUCAGAUGGCCUGGGCAUGCGGUACGCAUUCAUUGGACCCUUGGAGACCAUGCACCUCAAUGCUGAAGGUAUGGUAAGCUACUGUGACAGAUACAGUGAAGGAAUGAAGCGUGUCCUCAAAACUUUUGGGCCUGUUCCAGAGUUCUCAGGGGCCACAGUGGAGAAAGUUAACCAGGACAUGUGCAUGAAGGUUCCUGAUGAUCCAGAGCACUUGGCUGCCAGGAGGCAGUGGAGGGACGACUGUCUUAUGAAACUCUCCAUACUAAAGCACCAGAUGCAGCCCCAGUGAAUUUCCUGUAAUGCCACCUUCCCUCCUUCCUGGGCAGCUCUGUUAGGGAGAUGAGAAGCUCUUGAUCCAAUCCCUGCACAUCAUCAACAAGCCCAGGAAGCUGGCCUGAAGCCUAGGUCUGCUCCCCUGUGUGUUUCCCUGUGGGCAGCUAUAGAGGCCAAGUGUCUUCUGGUCACUCCUGCCUAACCCUGCAUUGGGAUAUGGAAGCACUGCUUGUGUUCUGAGGCAUGGGCUCCCUGCCACCUCGGCAAACAGGCUGAAGAUUCUCACCUUUUCUUUCCAGUGUGAUUACGUGUGCAUUUCCAGGUGAUGAUUUGCAGUUUUCUGUUACCUUGAUCUACUUCAAAUGUAUUUUUUAUAAUCAUUUUCUAAUCCCACUCUGAGUGUCCUGUAACCCUGCAUAAUAAAGCAAUCACUUUCAGUUU